GGGUGAGCUCUCUCUCUAUGGGGAUGGUCUUCUUCUGUUCUCCAAUAGUCAGCAUAUUCACAGACCUAUUUGGUUGUCGAAAAGUUGCUGUUGUUGGAGCUGCAGUAGGGCUUGCUGGACUCCUUGCAAGUUCUUUUGUAAGCACCAUUGAACCUCUAUAUUUCACCUACGGAAUCUUGUUUGCCUGUGGCUGCUCCUUUGCGUACCAGCCAUCCUUGGUCAUCCUUGGGCACUAUUUCAAGAAACGCCUGGGACUAGUGAAUGGCAUCGUCACUGCAGGCAGCAGCUUGUUCACAGUGUCACUGCCCUUCCUCUUGAGAGUUUUGCUCGAUUCUGUCAAUCUGUUCAACACCUUGAGGGUCCUGUGCAUCCUUAUGUUUAUUCUGUUCCUGGCUGGAUUCACUUACAAACCCCUCAUUCCUGACACCAAAGACAAGGAGGGAGGAAAGAAGGGGAAGUUCAAAUUUCCUCCUGGAAAAAAGAUUUGCAAUUUCUCCGUUUUCAAAGUUCUCAGUUACCGAAUCUGGGCUUUUGGGAUCCCAGCUGCCCUUUUUGGAUAUUUUGUGCCUUAUGUUCACUUGAUGAAUCAUGUAAAAGACAGAUUUGGUGACAGUGUGCCAGAAGAAGUGCUUCUACUGUGUCUGGGCAUUACUUCAGGAGUUGGCAGGUUGAUCUUUGGCAGAGUUGCAGAUUAUAUUCCUGGUGCAAAAAAAAUUUAUUUACAGGUGGCCUCAUUCUUCUUCAUUGGCUUGAUGUCUAUGAUGAUUCCACUGUGCCAUGUCUUCGGAGCUCUCAUAGCUGUGUGUCUCUUCAUGGGCCUAUUUGAUGGGUGCUUCAUUUGCAUUAUGGCUCCUAUUGCCUUUGAGCUUGUUGGGGCUCAGGAUGUCUCCCAGGCCAUAGGGUUUCUACUGGGACUCAUGUCAGUCCCUAUGACAGUUGGCCCACCCAUUGCAGGCUUGCUGCGAGAUAAGCUGGGCACCUAUGAUGUAGCAUUUUACCUGGCUGGAGUCCCUCCACUUAUUGGCGGAGCCAUUUUAUGUUGCAUCCCCUGGGUCCAUGAACGGCAGAAGUUAAAAGAAAGAGCAAAACCUGUUGAUGGAGAAACUACUGAGAAAAUGCUGGAAAACGAAAGCACUUUGGUGUCAAACACAACAGAAAAGCCAGUCAGAGAACUGGAAUCUGGCAUUUGAUGCUUUCUUUUCCCUCUACCAUCCUGACCUCUACUGAAGUUUGAUUUCUACUUUUUGGCUGAAGAUAUUAUACUACACUGAAGAAGUCUUGAACUAUUGCUCAAAUUGCAGAACUGUUUUAAGAAUCUUUUAUACCAUUGAACUUUUUUGAUGAGUCGUUGAAUUUGAUCUCAAGCCACAUUUCAAGGUAUUUGAAGUUUUGUAGCUUUAGUGUGUAUGUGUGUAGUGAUUCUGUGUGUGAAGAGAAUAUUUUUCUAAUCCAUCAGAACCGAUUUCUGGAAAUGUGAAAGCUGUUUUUGGUUCACUGAUCCAGGAUUCUUCAAUCACAUUUAUGGCCUAUCCAAUGCAGGCACACCCAUGGGUGUUUAUACUGGAUAAUGUAUCUUAUGACUGAUUUGUUUUUUGAAGUUUCUCAUGCUGUUUACAGUCUUUUAUAAUUCUAUAUCAUGAACAUGAAUAUGCAUAUUUUUGAUUCCCUAAACUCUUGAUGAAAUGAUUUUUCAUUAGAAAACUAAAUUAUUAAACAUCUGUUUUAUUUUCUCUAAAUACCCCAGCCUGUUUAGUUUGCCAAAACACUCACGUGUGUUUGCAUUCACCUUUCAUGGUAGCCCAAACAAAGAAUGCUCAGGAUUAAAUUCUUGGGCUCAGGUUUUGAAUAUGUGCAAACCAAGCUCUGAGUGCGAACACGUUCAGAAGUAAAGCUGCUGAAUGAUAGACUUUUUUUAUUUAGUGAAGGCAAUACUAUUAAGAUGCAUGUGUGUAAUUUUUUUUUCAGCCAAACCUCGGAGUAGCGGAUAGUUUUGAAACUGUAUUGAUUAAUUCUUUGGAGCAGUAUUGUGAAUUAGACUAAAUUUCAAAUUAUUCUGUUAUACUUGUUAGUUUGUUUUUUUUUUUUUUAAUUCUUUAAAACCAGACAGCUUUAAAAGAUACAUUCUAAGUGCAAUACCAAGUUGUUUUUAACGUGGAAAUAUACAUGAGCUAUUAAAACGAAGUUCAUCAAUUAAGGAUUUUUGCACUAAGUGAACAUGCAGGUUGAUUACAGGUCUAUAUAGCUGUGUUCAAUUACCUGUAGGAUAUAGCUCCAUAUUUUAUUCAAGUAUAAAGAAAUGUCCUUGUAUGCCCUAUUUCUUGCUUAACAUCCUAAACAUAUGGCUCCAUUGCUUAUGUAUUCUUAAGUAUUAUACACUGUUUGUCAAGCAGGUAUUUUGAAAACCUCUUUUUCUGAAAAGUAUUUAAAAGCAUACUACUUUGAGAUGAAAACACUGCUUUUCAGUUUAUCAUAAAAUACUUCUAAGCACAGUGCUCAUUUGUGGAUGUGGAUCAGCAAUCACUGAAAUAGAAUAAUUCUUUUUUUCAGGUCCAUUUGAGACCAAUAAUUUUUCUUUUCUUGUUUAGAACUGUCAUAGUGAAGAGUAAACUAAAUGUGAUCUGGACAAAGUGUGUAUUUAAGUGCAUUUUCUUAAUUAGUAACAGUACUUGUUCUUUACACAAACCAUGGAGGCAUACUGUUCUUUUUAAACUAUAGCCUUUAUUGUCUUUUCUGGUUUCAUUAUUUUUCUUUCUCCAGUGUUGUAGUAAAUUGCUCAGAAAACCCACCUACGUUUGUGAUACAAAACAGCAAUACUAUUGCAUUGAAUGUUUACAUCUAGCAACUGAAAGAAGUUCUCUAAAUGUACUAUACAGGGCAUGCUAACUAUUGUAGACCAAACCUCAGACCCUUUUUCUAUUGCAGACUUUCAAUCCCUACUUUAUAUGAGUGAGCUCUGAAUAACUGAAUCUUUUAAUAAUAGAGGUAUAGGGAGGGACUUGAAGGUGGGGGGAAAAAAAAACCCUAAACCAAUUUGGAAAACAGAGGUCCCUUCAGGUUCACUGGGACUUAGAUGCAUAGUAUUGUUAAUUAAAAUUACUAUGAAAUGCUGCCUUCAUUACAAAAGUGAUGUUAGCAGUUGAUGUUGCUCUUGUCUGGAGUAUUUCUGUAGAACAUGUUAUUCAGUAUUAUUUUCCAGCUGGCCAAGGCAAAAGGUGGUGUUGAGUAAGUGUGGUAAAAGCCUCUUGUUUCCUAUUGCUUUGUUAUGAAAAAUUAAUGUUCAUCACAGAUCUUGCAUUUCAUGUGUUUUAGUGUUGAGUUUUAAACCAAAAACAAGGCUGCUCUUUAUCACUGGUGCAAUUUGAAAUGAUUGUGACCAGAUAUCUUGAUGUAAUUGUGACAUUGUCCCGAAUUGCUGCUCUGUAUCUCUAUAAAUUAUCUAGCAGAGUAUAUAAAGUAAUUGUUGUUGUUUUAGAAAUGACACAGAAAUGGUAUAACAAUAAUAUGGAUUAAUUAUUGGCGUGUCCUUU